AUGCCCACCUCCCGCUCCCCUUACUUGUACUACAUUGCCCGUGCCUCCGGCCUCUUCGCCGCCGGUCUGGGCAUCAACGCCCUGCUGAACCCUCGCGGCGCGCUCGCAAUGUGGGGAUUCCCGCACCCGGGUGCCGUCGCCUCAUCCACGGACGAUCAGUCCUCCGGGUCGGAUUCGCAGCCCGCAGUCGCUGACGUCGACAUCACGAAAAUCAUCGACACCCCCGAAGGCCGCCUCGCCGAAUCGCUCAUGAUGCUAUACGGCUCGAGAACGCUCGUGCUGGGCGUGGGCCUCUUGUCCACGAGUUUCUGGGGCAGUCACAGGGCGUGUACGGCCUUGGUGUGGAGCGCGACGGGCGUCGCCCUGGUGGACGGGUUUGUGAGUAAGCGCCAGAUUGGAGGCGGGGAGUGGAAUCACUGGGGGUUUAUUCCGUUUGGAGUGGUCGUGGGCAGCUUGAUGAGCGGGAUUGCGGACUAA